UGAACGCCUAUCGUCAUACAAUGGCGCCGUCGGAGUCAUCGGUUGUCGCGGAGUACGCAAAGUCUAACCGUUCAACGUGCAAGAAAUGCUCAGAAGCUAUACAAUCUAAAACCCUAAGAUUGGGUUUGGUUACAAAAGACAAGAGUAGAGGCUUUGAUGUUACUAAAUGGCACCACCUCACUUGCUUUCCUGUACCCUCCUCUUACUCCUCAAUUGAUAAAAUUAUUGGUUUUUCUUCCUUGAAGAGCGGUGACCAGGAAGCUCUCACGAAGUUAUUUACUGAACAGGAGGACAACUCUGAAGAGGCAAGUAAAAAAACGAAAGGCAUACAAAAUGAAGAGCAAGAUGCUGACGAAAGGGAUUCAAAGAAAACAAAAUUAUCCACCUCUGAUGUCAAAGCUGCGAUUAAUAUCAACAUUUCAGUUUCUGAUGUCAAGAGCACAUACAAGGAUGCUACCCUUUUGCCUAAAUGGAAGGCUUUCCAGACAGUCAUUUUUCUUGAACGGGAUGAUGGUCAGGAAGAUUCAAGUAAAAUUGCUGCAUUUGAUUUUGAUGGUUGUCUUGCGAAAACUGCUGUGAAUAGAGUUGGUCCAGAUGCUUGGUCUCUCAUGUAUCCCUCAAUUCCUGAUAAACUGCAAAGCUUAUACAACAAUGGCUACAAGCUGGUGUGUCCCUUUUAUCUGUAAAAUAAAGCUUAUUAUUCAAUUUUGGCUGAUUAUA